AUGAUUGACACUCGCUGGGAUGUCGACAUCCGGCCUGGCGAAAAGAUCACGCUUAACGGCACCAUCGAGUCCGUUUAUGCGCAGCUUCUGGAGCUCAAACCCAACCAUGAGACCGAGAACGCCGACCAGAUCGCGGCCCGGCUUGCCCAACUCAAACAGGAGACGACGGCCUUUGAAAAGAACAAACUUGCCCGCCGUGACCACACUGAAUGUGGAAAUCCCCUGGUGGUUUUCCUUGGAUCGGCCAUGCUGCCAACAUCGUUCUCCAGGAGUGUAGGGACCGGCUAG